AUGUCACUUUUGGCAAGUCUAUUCAGCGGUCUUGAUGGGUGUCUCACUGACACGCCUGGCUGUGCGCACCGUUCGACGGCAUCUGCAGUGGUCGCGUUGGGUCUUGCGCUGGACUGUCUGAACUACAACAUCGUCAUCACCGUCUUUCCUUUCAGGCUCGAGGAGCUCAAAUACAACCAUGUCUCGGGGCUCGUCGGAUGGCUGCUCUUCUUAUACUCAGCGGGCCUCGUCGUCGCCACCCCGGUGAUAGCGAUGGUCUCUGAGCGCCUGCAAUCGAGGCGUAUGGUCCUCGUCGUCGGCCAGCUCCUCCUGGUCGCGUCGCAGGUCCUGCUGAUGGAGUCGCCCGCGUUCUGGAUGAUGUGCAUCGGCCGGUUGUUGGAGGGAUUCGCAUCCUCGGUUAUCAUCGUUGCGGGCUUUGCUCUCAUAUGCGACGCUACUCCGGAGAAGGACGUCGGUCAACAACUGGGUUUCGUCAUGGUCGGCGUUCCCUUAGGACAGCUGCUCGCGCCACCCGUUGGCGGCGCGCUCUACGCCCGCUGGGGCUACCGCGCGCCCUUCAUCUUCACGAUCCUCUUCACCGUCCUCGACCUCACCGCGCGUCUGCUCGUGCACGAGAAGCCGCCCGCCGACGCAACAGCCACGACGCACUCUCAGCCAGACUCAGAGAAGGCGCCAGGGCCCCCCGCCGUAACGUCGCCCCUGUCGCCGAUGUCGCCGGAUUCCAUGUUCUCCGAGUCCGCGGAGAAAGUAGAUGUGGUGCGGAAGGUGCUCGACACGGAGGCGGCGAUGGCGGUCGCGAUCAGCGCGUCCGAGAUGCCCGCCGCCCCCGCGCAAGCGCGGGCGGCGAAGGAGAAGAAGGCGCUCUCGCUCAUGCAGGUCACGUACAAGCUGCUGGCCUCGACGCGCACGCUCGUCGUGCUCUUCAGCACGUUCACCGGCUCGUUCGCGUUCGCGGCUCUGGACGUGACGCUGCCCCUCCGCGUGCAGGCGAUCUGGAACCUCGACUCGACGAAGGUCGGCCUCAUCUACCUCGCCUCGCUCAUCCCCACUCUCAUUUCAUCCCCCCUCGCCGGCAAGCUGAGCGACAAGUUCGGCCCCGCGUGGGUCGCCACGGUCCUCUUCGUGUGCGGCAUCCCGUGGUUCGGGCUGCUCACGCUCGACUUUUCGCUCGCGUUUUUUAUCGUCGCGUUCGCCGUCGAGAACUUCUUCCUCGCUGCGACGUCUUCGCCGCUCACUACGGAAUUGGCGGCGGUUACGCGUAGCAUGGAGGGUGUAGGCUACGCACACACGUACGGCACCUUCAACAUCGUCUACGGACUCGCCAACGCCGCGGGCUCCGUCGUCGGCGGACAGGUCUAUGGCCACUUGAGCAACGGCUGGGACGCCCUCUGCUACAUCGACGUCGGCGUGCUCGCGCUCACCCUCGUCCUCGUCCUGCUGUUCGUCGGCGAGACGCCGAUCCUCCGACUCCGCGCCCGCAGAUGA